UUGCGCUGUAGAAUCAUACAAAAACAUCAUGAAGUCGUUGUUAGUUGUUUUAUUAGCAGCUUUAGCUGUUUAUCAAUGCUCUGGUAUGGAAAUGACAUUAAGAACUAAGAAAUAUGCCGAACACUUACCACCAACAAAUUACACAGAAUUAUGUGAACUGUGUGGGUUUACCCGAACUCCACAUAAAUAUAACUGUCACCUGAGUGUGGUCUGCGAUUGGGCAGGUAAAGAAGUUCACAUACAACCAUGCGUAGAUGAAAAACAGAUGUGGGGAGCAGGUUGCUCUUUCUGUACCAACUAUAGAGGAGCACCUUAUACCACACUUUGUAAAUUUGACGAAUUGAACAACCCCUGUUAUGGAAAUGACAAGCGACCGGUUCCAGAUGGAUUAACAUGCAAUGGCUUUCACCAAUGUUCUGCAAAUGGCAACCACAUUGAACAUGCAACUUGUGCUGAUGGCCAGAAGUUUGAUUUUGAACAGAGAGCUUGUGUUGCAGACAUCGAAGGACUCUGUAGUGGAACAGUUACUGCUAAACCAAGACGAAAGCAAUAUAAUGCUACCUGUGAUGAAGUUCCCGGCGAUAUCCACAGUCAAUCAAUAACAGAGUUUUAUGAAGAUACCAUGGAAUACCGUACAACUAAUGUCUCAUGCCCAGCUUCCAUGGUAUUUGAUAAAAGUUUAAUAGGGACACCGUUUUGUUGCAAUGAAAUGGAUAAAGUAGAAUACACUGAAUGUGAACCCAACAAUUUAGUUCGAGCCUCUUCUAGAGAUGAGCCCAGCUCAUGGAAACAAUCUCUAUCUGGACAUUUGACCCCAUUCAGUAAAAUUGAAGGUGACGCCAUGAUAGUCAACGAUCCAUCAAACCCAUUCAAUGGUUGGGCCUAUUUUGAUGGAUCCACCUCAUUUGAUGCCAAGAAGAUGUCGAACAACGAAUUGAGAUUCUUUUGGAAUAUGACCUUCGACUUCCAAUGUGGUAAUAUGGAUGCAUCCGGCAGAGUUAAUGUUGGAAUGCAGAGAAAUGGUGUCAAUGGUAAUCCUAACCCACGGGUAGCUUUAAUUGAUAAUAGUGCUUGUGAUAUCUACGCCACUUAUGGUUGUCAUCUUAUUUUGGAUUCUUUAAGCAGUGGUGCUGUCGAAUGUUUCGCCAAUAACCACACUGUUAGCACACAGAAUUUAGAUUUAAAUAUCCAAUACUCUGUUGAUUUCAAACGAGUUGGAAGUGAAGGAAUAAUGGAAGUUAAGCCAGCAAAUGGUGCUGUUAUCAGACGACAAUUUGUAUUCAAUGAUGAUGAGAUCAUUGAAGGACGAGAUUGUGAUAUGACUAUUGGUAAAGGAGUUGGUCAAAGAAACUUUAUUGGAUUCAUUGACAAUGUGAUGUUCUAUAAAAACUGUGAAUACUAAAGGAAAAAAAGCAUAUUUCAAACACUCGAUUGUCUCCAACUUCUACCAAAUCGAUGUGAUCAUUUAUUUUUUAUAUUUCUUUUUCAUUAAUUGGCCAAAAUAAACAAUUUAAUACAUUUUUGUGUUUUGAAUAAUGUAUUUUAUAUGUAAUAAUGAACUUCGAUUAAUAACAGAUGUUAAUUCU